AUGGACCCCUUGUUUUGGCCGUCAGAAACAAACAGCUUCCGACGUUUCACGCCUGAGUCCUUGGCAGCAAUUGAGGAAAGAAUUGCCCAGAAAAAAAAGGAACAAGCCAAAGUCAGGAAGGAGCAGAAGGACCAAAACGCUGAAGAAGAUAAACUUACUCCUCAGCUUGAUCUGAAAACCUGCAAAAAACUUCCAACUCUGUAUGGGGAUAUUCCUGUGGAGCUCAUUGGGGAACCCCUCGAAGAUUUUGAUCCAUACUACAAGGAUCACAAGACUUUUAUGGUGAUAAAUAAGAGGAGGACUAUUUUCCGUUUUUCUGCCACACCUGCCCUGUGUAUAGCUGGCCCUUUUAAUCCAGUCAGAAAAGCAGCAAUUAAAAUUCUUACCCAUUCAUUAUUUGUUGGCUUUAUUACAUGUACUGUGGUACUCAAUUGUGUUUCCAUGGCUGUAAAUAAGAUUCCAGAUGAAUUUAACUGGACAGAAUAUGUUUUUACUGGCAUAUAUACUGGUGAAAUUGUGAUAAAAGUAGUAGCAAGAGGAUUUAUUUGGAAUGAAUUUACCUUUCUUCGAGACCCAUGGAACUGCUUGGAUCUUGUUGUUAUUGUUGUAAUGUAUGCUACUAUGUGUAGAACUACAGGCAAGGUUUCAGCUCUUAGAACUUUCAGAGUACUGAGGACUUUGAAAGCUAUUUCAGUAAUACCAGGUCUAAAAGUCAUCGUAAAUUCACUUAUUGAAUCUGUUAAGAAACUUACAGAUGUGUUGAUCUUGACUGUUUUUUGCUUGAGUGUAUUUGCUCUAAUAGGCCUCCAGCUUUUUAUGGGCCAUUUAACAUCCAAAUGUGUCCUCAGUAGUAGAAUUGAUUCAUACGAUGACACCUUAUGUAAGGACGCCAAGAUAUAUAACAAGAGUGAGGAAGGUAAAUUUUAUUCUUAUAUCUGCUACAGAAUGAACAAAUCUUCUGAAAUAUUGCUCUGUGGGUUUAGUUCAGAACCCAAGACAGAAUGCCCUCCAAACUAUACCUGCAUAAAUAUUGGGAAGAAUCCUGAUUUUGGCUAUACAAGUUUUGAUCAUUUUGGGUGGGCCUUCCUUUCUUUGUUCCGUCUGAUGACACAGGAUUGCUGGGAGCGCCUCUACAGACAAACCAUCCGUACAUCUGGAAAGAGCUAUAUUAUAUUUUUUCUUGGAGUCAUCUUUUUAUGCUCAUUUUAUCUCUUCAAUCUGAUCUUGGCUGUAGUAACUAUGGCAUAUGAAGAGCAAAAUAGAGCUACUCGUGCUGAAACAGAGGCAAAGGAAAAGUUACUUCAGGAUGCCAAACAAAUUUUAGAGAAAGAAAAGAUGCUGUCUGCAGGAGAAGAUAAUAAGGCCUUAGAGGUCAGAUCUGAAAUGUCAUCUGGGGGCUUGAAAACUUCAGAAGAGAUGAACACAGAAAGACCUGUUUUAAGGCAAAAUUUGGUUUUAGGUGAUCCUACCAAUGAGGAGCAUAUAUUUAAUUCACAGCCUGGGCGCUGCCACAAGAAGCUUAGGCAGAUUCUGCUGUCCUAUGAAUUGUCAGUGGACUCUAUUAAUGAUCCUCUUCGAAGACAGAGGUUAAUGAGUGCAGCCACUAUUAUUACCGAUAAUUUGCAUCUGCAAGAGUCAAAACUGAAAUGCCCUGCAUUCUUUGGACGUUUUGCUCGAAAAUAUCUCAUCUGGAAUUGUCCAUUCUGGAGAGUAAUCAAAGAGAAGGUGAAAUUCGUAAUUUUGGAUCCAUUUGUUGAUCUCUUAAUCAUGGUUUGCAUUAUCGUGAACACAUUUUUCAUGGCUCUGGAAUACCCUGAGAUGCCACUCUAUUACCAAAGUAUGAUUUUUAUAAGUGACAAGGUUUUCACCCUGAUUUUUACAGCAGAAAUGGUCUUGAAGAUCAUUGCUCUAGAUCCUUACACCUAUUUUCAGCAAAAAUGGAAUAUUUUUGACAGCAUAGUUGUUAUGAUUGGUUUAAUAAACUUUGAAGAAAAUCUGUCAUACUUCAGGCUGCUCAGGAUCUUCAAAUUGGCAAAGUCCUGGCCAGCCUUAAAUACUCUUGUGAAAAUAAUUCUAAAUUCAGUUGGUGCUCUGGGUAACCUCACUCUGGUUUUGAUUAUUUCUGUAUUUAUUUUUGCUGUAGUAGGAAAGCAGGUUUUAGGCAAUUAUUAUGAGAAAAAUUGGUUUAAAAUAAGCACCGAUAGGAAUUUACGUUGGCAUAUGAAGAAUUUUUGUCAUUCAUUCCUGAUUAUAUUCCGAAUAUUAUGUGGAGAAUGGAUUGAAACCAUGUGGGACUGUAUGGAAGUGGCUGGAAAAGGGCUGUGUCUACCCAUUUUCUUGCUAGUCCUGGUGAUAGGAAACCUGGUGGUGCUCAACCUAUUCAUUGCCUUGCUGCUGAGUUCAUUCAGUUCUGACUCCCCAAAUGGAGAAGAGGAAAUGGGAGAAAUGUCAAAAUGUCAGAUUGCAAUUGCACGGAUUCGCAAGGGGCUGCAGUACAUGAAAGGCAGGAUUUUUAAUUGUUGUGGGAAACUAAUGAAACGAAGCCUCAAAACAACAACCAAAAAGAAGACUUCAGUGAAAAUUUCUGCCAAAGACAUAGAGGAAAAUAACUAUGCCAUGGCAGAUGUCAGAAAGGAUAUAGACAACACUUGCUUUGACCCUGAGUGUUACAGUUCUGAAGAGAGUUCUUCAGUAACAAGGAAAUAUGGAGAAUAUUUAACCAGACAUAGUACCUGUGUUUCCAUUGCAGUAGCAGAGACUUAUACCAGUGAAGAUGAUAGUGGACACAGUGUAUGCACAGAAACAGAAUACAGAAAACAGAAAUAUGAUGCUGGUAGCUAUUCUGAAGCCAGUACUGUGGACCCAGUUGCUCUUUUGGAGGUCCUUUCAGAGCCAAAAAAGUCUCACCUACCCAAGGACUGCUUUGGAGAAUAUUGUGUUGAAUGUUGCCCAUGUUGUGGAGUGGAUGUCACCAAAUUUCCAGGCAGAACUUGGUGGAGAUUUAGAAAAACCUGCUACAGAAUUGUUACACAUAGCUGGUUUGAAAAUUUUAUCAUUUUUAUGAUAGUUUUGAGCAGCGCAGCACUGGCAUUUGAUGAUAUUCACCUGCAGAAAAGAGGAAAAGUGAAAGUGAUCUUAGAUUAUGCUGAUAAAGUAUUUACCUACAUCUUUUUUAUGGAGAUGCUUCUGAAAUGGGUAGCUUAUGGCUUGCACAGUUACUUCACAAAUGCCUGGUGUUGCCUUGACUUCAUCAUUGUAUGUGUAAGUAUUAUAUUCAAUCCAACACCUUGUUUCUCUGGGAAUGCCCUGAAAUCUCUCAGGACUCUCAGAGCACUGAGGCCUCUUCGAGCUUUGUCAAGAUUUGAAGGGAUAAAGGUUGUUGUGAAUGCACUCCUGGGAGCUAUCCCCUCAAUCCUGAAUGUUUUGCUUGUCUGUAUUGUCUUCUGGCUCCUAUUUAACAUUGCUGGAGUAAAAUUACUUGGACAAAAAUUUUGGAAAUGUGUACUCACAGAAGGAAAUGACAAGAAUAUUAAUAACAAAACUGACUGUAUUUUAUAUGGUGGAACGUGGACAAACAGUGAUGUAAACUUUGAUAAUGUUGGGAUGGGAUACUUGGCUCUUCUCCAAGUGGCAACUUUUAAAGGUUGGAUGGAUAUUAUGUAUGCAGCAGUAGAUUCACGUGAGCUAAACGAGCAGCCAAAGUUUGAAGCUUUCUUCUCCAUGUAUAUAUAUUUUGUGAUUUUCAUUAUUUUUGGAUCUUUCUUCAUGCUGAAUCUUUUCAUUGGAGUGGUUAUCAGCAAUUUUAACCAACAAAGGAAAAAGAUAAGUGGAAAAGACCUAUUUUUGACUGAGCAACAGAAAAAGUACUAUAAUGCCCUCAAAAAACUUGGAUCCAAGAAACCUCAAAAACCCAUUCCAAGACCAUUGAACAUGUUCCAAGGAUUACUGUUUGAUAUAGUAUCACACAGAGCAUUUGACAUCACCAUCGUGAUUCUCAUCUGUCUAAAUAUGAUUGUUAUGAUGGCAGAAUAUGACCAGAAACAAGUCAAGGAAGUUCUUAAUAAGAUCAACUAUUUUUUUGUGGCAGUAUUUACUGGGGAAUGUGUUGUAAAAAUACUAGCCCUAAGACAUUACUUCUUCACCUGUGGCUGGAACAUAUUUGAUUUAGCUGUUGUGGUCCUUUCACUAGUUAGCAUUGGACUUUCUGAGGGCUUUCGAACUUUGAUCUCUCCUACACUUCUGAGAAUUUUCCGCUUGGCGCGAAUCGGCCGAAUCCUGAGGUUAAUUAGAAGAGCCAAAGGAAUUCGAACUCUUCUUUUUGCAUUACUGAUGUCCCUGCCUGCACUGUUCAACAUUGGUCUUUUGCUUUUUCUGGUUAUGUUCAUUUAUGCCAUUGUGGGCAUGACAAACUUUGCCUGUGUUGGCUGGGAAGGUGGGAUUGAUAACCUUUUCAACUUUCAAACUUUUGAUAGUAGCAUCCUCUGUCUCUUCCAAAUAACAACAUCAGCUGGCUGGGAUAAUCUUCUGGUUCCUCUGUUAAAAGGAUCCAAUUCAUGUGCUCCCAACUUAAAUUUAACAGAGGAACAGAAGCAAAAUUGCACUAAUAGGGAGGUUGGUAUUCUAUAUUUUGUUAGCUAUGUCAUCAUUUCAUUUCUCAUUGUUGUAAAUAUGUACAUAGCUGUCAUUUUAGAGAACUUCAGUGUUGCCACUGAAGAAAGCACUGAUCCCCUUUGUGAUGAUGACUUCGAUAUGUUCUAUGAGACCUGGGGAAAAUUUGACCCUCAGGCAACACAGUUUAUUGAAUAUUCUGCUCUUUCAGACUUUGCAGAUGCUCUGGCAGAACCCUUGCGCAUUCCAAAGCCCAAUAAAAUCCAGCUCAUAUCCAUGGACCUCCCUAUAGUCAGUGGAGAUAAGAUCCACUGCUUGGAUAUCUUGCUUGCUUUCACUAAAAGGGUCUUGGGAGAAUCUGGGGGUUUGGAUGGUCUUGAAUUACACAUUGAAGAAAAAUUUAUGGCUGCCAAUCCAUCUGAAGUUACUUACAAGCCAAUUACUACUACCCUUAAAAGAAAACAAGAGGAGCUAUCAGCUCUCAUUAUUCAAAAAGCCUUCAGGAGGUAUUUGAGGCAGCGUUCUUUUAAAAAUAAAUCCUUCUUGCACCGCCAUAAACAUUAUAGCAGUGCUGACUUUGAAGAAGGAACACACGAGAGGAAAAGUCUUACUGCUUCAAUGCUUCAUGAAAAUAAUGGUCAGAAGUUAGAUAGAUCCCGGACUAUAUCUUCCAUCUCUCUCCCUUUAUUCUAUGAUGGUAUUGCUGAAACAGAUAGUGAUAAUGUGGAUGCAUAA